AUGGAGGAGGCGACCACGGCCGCAGAGCCCCACCCUGAGCUAGUGGGGCUUGACACGAUUGGUCUCUACGAUCAGGGCGCCACGGUUCUCUUUCAGGCCAUGCGUGUCAACCCGCGCUUUCGCGGACAGGGCCUUGCCAAGGAGCUCAGCGAGGGCGUGCGUCGCCUGGCACUGGCCCGAUUUCCCAACGUGCGCCGGCUGCGUGCCGUGAUCCAGCACCACCAUACCUCGUCGAUCCGCGUGCACGUAGCCCAGGGCUAUCAGUGCCUUCAUCGCGAAGCCUUUGGCAUGGCCGCCAUUGAUGGCCGAGGGAUGACCGCCCUUGCCCGCCGCGGGCAGCACCUCUUUGCUUGUGUCCGGUGCGACGGCGAUCCGAUGCUGUUUGCGCGCUUGGCCGACGCCGCACUCGUGCUGUUUUGGCACGGAUGUGCUUAUCUCUGCCUUAGCUAUGACCAAGCCCUGCGCGAUAAGAUAAGCCCCGCCGAGGACCGCCCCGACGCUCGACCGGUCCCAUGCCUGACAGCCAUGGCAACGCGCCUGCCCCUCGAUUUCUCCGCCGACUACAUGCACGGCUCUCAAGCAGUAUAUGAACUGGCCAUUGAGCACGCUUCGACUUGA